UUCUCUUUUUAAAUUUCUUUACUCCCUCCUAAUUUUUACGGAGUUUUGUGCACAGAAAUCGAGGAUAUCAUCGUUGGGUAAACCGCCAUUACCAAAACUGCAAUUGAAGAUUCUGUAUACAAGAAAAUGAUGGCGGCGGCCGGAGGAGGAGACCGGCUGACUGAUCUGCCGGAGGAGAUUCUACUCCACAUCCUCUCUAUGUUACCAAACAGUAGACAAGUUGUUCAAAUGAGCGUAUUAUCAUCGCAAUGGCGAUUUCUUUGGAAAUCCGUUCAAGCAUCACUCUAUUACAACUCAGAAGUUUAUCGUAAACCUUACAAAAAAGAAUAUAUUCUGGAUUACGCAGCUUCUGUUAAUAGAGAGCUUCAUCAUUGGAGAUUUUGCGAUAAAAUCAAAUCAUUUAGGGUUUUUCCUAAUAGUUACGAGGACUUUAUUGCUCAUGAUGUUGAUUUGUGGGUGCACUUUGCUUUUAUUAUUGGUAAGGUUGAAGAGUUCACGUUGAAAUUUUGUUAUUUUAAGUCUCUAGGUUUUGCGUAUAAUUUUCCUGAAUACGCGUAUACGAAUACGGUUUUGAGGAAUUUGGUGUUAGGAUAUUGCUGGUUGAGACCUUCUGGUAAUGUGAAAUGGAGCAAUUUGGUUUCUCUUUCAAUUGGGGAUGCGGUUAUGACAGAGGGUGUAAUGGAAAAAGUAUUAUCAGGUUGUCCUAAUUUGGAGUGCUUGGAAUUAGAUAAAGUUGUUGGUAUUCGUUGUCUGGAUAUCACCUCUGCGAAGCUGACAAAAUUGAUUGUAACGAUUUAUGAAACUGAUUAUGAUGAAGACCAUUGCCUCGAAAUUCAUGCCCCAUAUAUUCGACAUUUAGAACUUUUGGGGUUGUGUUACGAUAAGAUACACUUUCAGCUGAGAAAUGUGGCUUCACUUGUCACUGCACUCCUUUCUGUAGAAGUUUAUUUCGCCGACCUUGAAGAGAAUUUGGAGAAGGAGUGUAAAUAUUUGCAGGAACUUCUUCACCAUGUUGCUAACGUCAAGAAUCUUGAAUUGGGUCCCUGGUGCAUCGAGUGCCUGUCCAUGCUGGAGUUUAAAGGGUGGCCUGUUCCACCAUCAAGCUGGAAAUUCUUAAAACUUAACGCAGCCUUAGAACCGUACGACUAUCCUGGAGUUUGCAGCUUUUUAUUGAGUUCAUCAGGUCUUGAGACAUUGGUCAUUGACUGGUGCCAUCCUAAACCAAGAAAAUUGCUGUCAAUGUACUCAAAUGGGGAUGAACGACGGAGGAGAUUUGAAACAAAUAGUUUUAACUGUUCAUUGCCACAUCUAAUGUUCUUCAAGUUCAUUAACUUUCGUGGAAAACCAAGUGAAAAAAAGUUUGUCCAUCCAUUGAUCAAAUGCUUGUGCAAGAAUGCGACAGCACUGAAGAAGUCUGUCAUUGCUUGCAACUUCAGAAGGAGCGAUGUGUUUUGGAAUUUUGUCGUCAGGAGCUUGCAAAUGUGCAAUGUUCCAUAUUAUUCAGAGCAAAGACAUUGGUUCUUGGGAACCCUUUGAUCCUGGGGAUUGAAAGCUCUGGAACAAGCAUCAUCAGGUAGCAGCUAAUUAGAGCAAAUGCCAAUGGAAUGAAUGAAGGAUGCUAGUUUUUGUAUGGCCCUGAUGCAUGUCAAACAACACUCUGAAAGCUAUUUUUGUGGCAAGAGACUGUACAACUGAUGAUUAGCUCUUCUCUUUAUAUCCGUUAUGAGCAAAUUAGUUUAGACAUGUUGAUAUUUGUAGAAAAAUGGAAGCAUAGAUAUCAUUGUUGAGAAGAAAUAAAGUAAAAAUCUGUUAUCCAGAGUGCAACAUAAGCUGUGGAUGUCAUCCUAACCGAAGCCUCUUCAAGUCCACAUUUUGAAUGAUUGUUUCUUUGAA